AUGGAUUUCGUCAGGGGUUUUUGGAAGAAGCAUCGAAGAAAGGUUUUUGUGACGGCUGGUUGUUUGGGAAGUGGAUAUUUGCUCUACAAACUAUACAUUUCUCAUACUCGUAAGCUUGCCGAUUUGGAACGAGAGCUCGCUAACGAGCGUGAAAAUGACGAACUCAUCAAAACACAAAUGAGAGCUCAUUUCGAGAGUAUUCAGAUGAUUGUGGACUCGACCACACUGCCUCACGCGAUGCGGUGUUUGAGUGUUCGUAUUAGCGAAGAGAUCGAUGUCUCUAAUGUUAUGGAGAGUCUGGAUAAAGGGAAAGGAAUGUUGAGUUCGUCUGAGAAGCUUCAGCUCUGGGACGAGCUCAAGAUUUUGAGUUUCACGAGGAUGGUUUUGUCUGUGUGGUCAGUGACAAUGCUAAGCUUGUACAUUAGGGUUCAAGUCAACAUUUUAGGCAGACAUUUGUAUGUUGACACCGCACGAGCUCUUGGCAGCUCCCAUUUACUUGAAGAGUUAGAUCUCAUUGAUAGAGAUGAUGAACAGAAGUUCUUAUCAAGUGCUGAUUUUCUCGUGACAAAUGCAAUGCCGAGUUUGAUUACAGAUAUGCAGGGUGCAGUCAGAGAGGAAGAGUUAGAUCUCAUUGAUAGAGAUGAUGAACAGAAGUUCUUAUCAAGUGCUGAUUUUCUCGUGACAAAUGCAAUGCCGAGUUUGAUUACAGAUAUGCAGGGUGCAGUCAGAGAGGUUCUUAAAGGAAAGCAGUUAAAGGAUGUAAUGACCACAAGGGUUCUUCAAGAAACGGUGAUACGGAUAAUGGAUGUGUUCAUGAGCAGUGGAAGUCCACAUCACUGGGUUGAUUACUUGAUGAUGCCUCAAGCCACAAAGCUUUCAAGAAACUCAAGUGGCUCUUCUUCUGAUGAAACUGUGAACAAGUUUCACCAACUCAUGGUUGAAACCAGAGCAGUACUCAUCAGCAAUGAAUUCACAAAUAUAGCUCAAAUUUCGCUAAAGUGUUUCACGGAUGCGUUGGUGGAGGAAAUGGAAACGCAGAGUGAAGCUGGUGGUGGUUUAGCUACCGGAAUGCCAUUGGCGAAGGUGUUACCACAGAUUGAGAAGACGAUACCUGUGAUUACAGCUGAACCGGGCAAGAACCGGUUCUUGAAACUCAUCAGAGAUCUGUCUGAAGUUCAGCUUUUUUUUACUCUUUUAUACGCUAAUAUGCCUCAAUAG